UGAAAUUGCUCCAAAGUCCAACCUAAAAAAUGUGCAACUCACGCGCCAUGGACACUAUUUUGGUAAUAAACAACAAGAAGACAGAGCAAAGUGUGGGUGAUAAAUUCUCGGAUAUUCUCAGCAUGGCAUCCUUAAAGUAACUUUUCCUUUCCACUUUCUCUCAACCUCAAGAACCUUGUCUAGUUUUGGUUUUUCAUCACAGUCCUUGGUUUUACUCAUGGAGAUUGAAGCAAGAACAAAGAUCCCUUCUCAAGUUAACAGAUUCCAUGUUGAUGAAAUGCAUGACAUCAACAUUAUUGAAUGGAACAAGAAAAGAAAAUUACAGGGUUUUCAGUUAGAUAUGCUUAGACCAAAACAUAAAUGCCGGGUUGAGAGUUUCUCUUCAGAAGAUACAUCAAUGUCUGAUGAAAGUCCAAUUUUUGGUAGUGCGAACAACCACACGGUUAAUAGCAGAAUGGAUGUUGCGUUCCUCGAUGAUAGAUCCGAACCCGAAUCUGCCAAAGAUAGUAAUAGUUUUAUUGAAGACUCUGAUACUUCCAUGUCUAUAAAUGAAGAAGCCAAACUUGAGGCAGAUAGUGCAAAUACAUAUUCAUCCUAUGAUGAUCUUGAUUCACAAGCAUUCAAAAAUCCGGAGGAGCAUCUUCAGGUAUAUGCAGAGUAUGUUAAAGACAGCGGUGAUGAUCAAUCUAUAGAUAAGGAAUUUGAAGAUUUUCUUUUUUCUAAUGGCGUGAAUCCUGACAAGUAUGUCCUUUCAUCUGGACGAUUGUUACUAAACGAAGAAGCUGAAUCAAGUACAAAGCCGCCGCCGCCGACAAUUGAUCAAGAAUUUGAGGAGUACUUUUCCGCACUUAUGCUCUAGCAGAAAUUAUUUAGGGGGUAGAUCUAUAUAUAAUUCUGACCAGUGUUGUCAAUUGUGGAAUGCAGAAAAUAGCGGUUUCUUCAAAUUCUGCUAUACUACAGUGCUAUAACGCUGUUAUUUAACAACACUUUGUACAAACUAGUGUGUUGCAGAACAAUAACAAUUUGUUCAAAAUCUGAUACGCUAUAGCGCAACUAUAGCCACUAUUUGACACCGCUGAUUCUGACAAUGGAAGUUGUAUAUAUUACUUGUAUGAAGAUUUUCACCUUUUCAGAAGGUAGUUCAAGAUUUCUUCUUCUGGCCUUCCCA